AUGGCAAGUGGACCUUUGGAAUCAAUUCAGGGCGAUGUCCCCUUCUACAGAUGUAAUCCGCCAAUGGUCCUAGGCGAAGCCCCGAUAUACCGAUCGAGCGACUCAACUCUUCACUGGGUGGAAUGUAUUGAAGAUCCAGCUACACUGUGGAUUCUUAAAGUUGACCCCUCGACCGGUGAUGCCAUCGGAGAAGCUCGAAGAAUCGAACUCGAAGACAGCGUUACAGUUGCGUUCUUCCGGAAAGAUGUCCCAGGUAGUUACAUCUGCGCCUACUACCAAGGAGUGGCAUUUAUGGAUGAAGCCACAGGAAAGCUAGAGGUGAUCAAGGAGAUCAUCCCGACGGAUCAGCGUGAGGAGUUGAGGUAUAAUGACGGCGGCGUGGAUGCCAAGGGGAGGUUUUGGCUCGCUGAGAUCGAUAAGCGCGCGAUGGCGUACGGACCAAAUAAGCUCCCUGAGAGUUAUGGGACGCCGAAAGGAAGGCUUUGGAGGUACGAUCCGGAUGGUAGUCUGCAUAUGAUGGACACUGGGGUUAUUUGUGGAAAUGGUUUGGCUUGGAGUCCUGACAACAAGACGAUGUACUUCAACGACUCCGUGGCUAUGAUGGUGUUUGCAUAUGAUUUCGAACUUGAGAGUGGUAUUAUUACAAAUAAACGCCUUUUGAUCGACCGGAGAAGCAGUUUCGGAGAGCCGGACGGAAUGGUUGUUGACACAGAAGGGAAUCUCUGGAUUGCUAUGUACGCUUCCAAUCGGAUUAUGGUUUUCGACCCCUCGGGCAUGCACUUGAAGGAUAUCGUCCUGCCGGCAUACAGUCCGACGUGUACGACGUGGGGAGGCAAGAAUUUUGAUAUUAUCUUUGCUGCGAGUGGGAAGGAUAAGAGAGGAGAGAUUGGCGUUAAGGAUGAGGGGGGGCAUAUGUACAAGUAUAAGCCAGUGAACUCGAAAGGAACUCCGAAAUUCGAGUUUGCUGGUUGA